AUGCUUAGACAGGGUGAGGACAAGCCCAUUCAGGAAUAUGCAGCCAGGUUCAGCCACGAAUACUCCCGCUGCCCAGAUACUGAUGAUCGUGCCGCCUUCGGUGCUUUCAAGGGUGGCCUCCGAGAGUCCAACUUCCGGUACCUGGUCCACAGCAACCCUUGGAACACAUAUGCCGAGCUAAUGAAGCAGGCAGCAGUUCACGCCAAGGCCGAGUACUUCAACUCCAAGUGUAGCCCAGCCACCCCAGCAUGUAAUCCUUUUGCUGAUCCUCCACCUGCUUCAGUACCCAUCCCAGCUCCACCUCAACAUUCUGCCCCUACACCAAGCACCCAGGGUGCCCAGCACCCCAAGAGGAAGGAUAGCUACCAGCAUACCUUCAGCAAUAACAAGCGGGGCAAACAUGGCAACCACUACCAGUCUAGUGGAAGCAACCCCUCCAGGACAAAUGAUCGGGCCCCACUCCCAUUCUCACCCAAACCCAGGUUUGAGGUCUUCACCACCCUCAACACUACCUAUGAGAAUGUCCUGGUGCACCAGGCACCUAUCAUACCCCAACCUCCACCCCGGAAACCAGGCAGUAAGCCUAUGCCUAACACAGGUGUUUUCUGUCGCUUCCAUCAGUUUGGUGGCCACGAUACCGAGUCUUGUGUUGCCUUGCGCAACAUCAUUGAGGGACUUAUUCGUGAGGGGAAGCUGGAUAAAUACGUGCACAACCUCCCACCCCCACCUAACCCUUACCAACGGCAGAUCAACAUGAUCUCAACCAUCAGUGGUGGCCCUACCAUGGCUGGAACCUUCAACAACUCCAUCAAACAUUAUGUUCGCUCCACCUAUGCGCAUAACGUCUUCAGCACUGAGCAGGGACGCCUGCUGAAGACACAAAAAACAGGAUGGGCCCCCAUUACCUUCUGCGAGGAGGAGGAGCGUGGUGUUAUCCUCUCUCAUGAUGACCCAAUCAUUAUCCACGCCGACAUCUCUAAUUUCGACGUUGGGCGCAUCUUGGUAGACACUGGCAGCUCGGUCAGUGUGAUGUUUACUGAUGCCUUCAACGAGCUCCAGGUCCCAUCUCAUUUGCUCGACCGAAGCGUCACACCCCUGGUGAGCUUUUCGAGCGAUGUGGUCCAGCCUAUUGGGAGCAUUCAUCUCCCUAUCUCUAUUGGAACAGCACCCCAGCGGACGACAGUCACCACUCCCUUCCUCAUUAUUGAUUACCUCACAGCCUAUAACGUUAUCUUUGGGCGCCCUGCCAUGGCCCAAAUGAAGAUUUUCAUCUCUACACAUAUGCUACUGCUGAAAUUCCCGACGCUUCAUGGCAUGGGCACAGUGCGCGACGACCAACUUGGCGCCCGAAGCUGCUAUGCUUUGGCAGUAAAGUCUACCAAUCGCCAAUAUAGGGGUGAGGCCCUAGAGGUAACCCGGGCUCAACCCCACCUCGAGCUGGCACUAAGCGCCCAGAAGACCCUAGGGAGGAAUCUACCACCCAACAGGCCAAACCUGUGGAGGACCUCGAACUGGUCACUCUCCAUGAGGACAUCCCGGAUUGACAAGUCAGGAUCGGCAUCUCCCUCUCACAAGAGCUUCGCUCUGAUCUUGUUGCCUUCCUCCGCCUCAACUCUAAGCCUUAAUCCUGCCAUUCGACCCGUUCGGCAGAAGCGUCGCGCUUAUGACCCAGAGCGGUAUGAGGCCAUGAGGGCGGAGGUGGAUAAGCUGAGCACCAUUGGAUUCAUCAAGGAAGUGGAUUAUCCUACCUGGCUAGCCAAUGUGGUAAUGGUGCGUAAACCAAGGAAGGGCUGGCGCAUGUGCUUAGACUACACAAAUCUCAACCGGGCCUGCCCAAAGGAUAGUUCCCCCUACCCCGCAUUGACCAGCUAG